AUGGAUCCCACUGUAUCCCACGAUGAUAUUUUCGUCGGAGAUGUGUUCACCCCGCAAGCCGACAGCACGCAGCCCUCCGUGGACAUUCCGACCAAUCAUCACGGCCCGGAUGACCACAUGGGAGACCGGCAGUCGCCGCGCAAAGAUAUGGCCAAUUACAAGGCGAAUGAAGAGGGUGCCAUGAAACCACCGGCUCUGAACCCAGAUUUGCUGACUGGCAAGGCGCGCCGAAAGAAGAAAAAGAAGCAGGCGAGUCAAGCCGAUCCGGCUCGAUCGACCGUACGUGGAUUCACACCAUUAGCCUCUGCCGAUGAGGACUCGGAUUUCUCUACGAAGAGCUCGCGCGCAGCAAAUUCGCGAACCGCUACUCCUGGUAGAAGAACCAGCCCCCGUGGACUUCCAGGUGGCCACGGAGUCAGCGCAUUAAAGCUACAACUCGAUUCACUGAACCUUUCCAGCAAAUCGACCACGGGAACUAGCGGGCUUUGCUCCGAGACUCCCAGCAACGCGAGUGUGUAUUCCGACAGUGAUCAAACCGAGAUCUUAACCAGCUAUGAAGUGCCUCUGGACCAGGAUUUCGUGAGCACGGACGCGGCAGACGAAGAACCGGACAGUACAGACCAAGGGACAGCAGCGAACAGUAUGGAUAUGCGAAGCCAGAUGUGUCGCAAGAUGACCGCGCAAGACUUCGAGCCUAUGCUCUGCCUCGGCAAGGGGUCGUUUGGAACUGUGUUGCUGGUGCGGCAUGUUGUCACAGGCAAGCUCUACGCUCAGAAGCAAUUCCGAAAGGCCUCGAUCACCGUACACAAAAAGCUAGUGGAACAGACCAAGACGGAGCGCACGAUCCUGGAGAGUGUCAACCGACACCCGUUUGUGGUCAAACUGUUCUAUGCUUUCCAAGAUCAUGAGAAGCUUUACCUGAUUCUGGAGUAUGCUCAGGGUGGCGAGCUGUUCACUCAUCUUGCCAUGGAACGCAUGUUUGAUGAAGAUGCCACUGCCUUUUAUAUGGCUGAGAUGGUGCUUGCCUUGGAACAUCUCCAUCAGAACGUUGGCGUCCUCUACCGCGAUCUGAAGCCCGAGAAUUGUCUUCUGGACCGCGAGGGUCACCUGCUUCUCACCGAUUUCGGACUGAGCAAGAUUGCGCUUAACGAUGAUGAGCGUUGCAAUUCUUCCCUAGGUACAAUUGAGUACAUGGCACCGGAAGUCGUGCAAGGCAAGCCGUACGGUAAAGCUUGCGACUGGUGGUCUCUCGGAGCUCUAGGCUUCGAUCUCCUCACCGGCUCCCCGCCCUUCCGCGCAGGCAACCAUGCCAAGCUGCAAGAGAAGAUUAUUAAACAGAAGCUUGUCCUUCCCUAUUUCCUUGGACCCGAUGCCAAAGACCUUCUCACCCGUCUGAUGCGCAAGGACCCAGCCAAACGUCUGGGUUACCACAUGCCCAAAGAUCUGUUAACCAUUAAAAAACACCGCUUUUUCCGCAAGAUCGACUGGGCUGCACUCGAACGACGCGAAGUUGACCCUCCAAUUAGGCCCGUCGUCACCGAUCCGGCUCUUGCUGAGAACUUUUCUCAGGAUUUCAUCAAUCUCCCUCUUAGUCCUACGGUUGCCAAUUGUUUUGAUGAGUUCUCUUCCUCUCCUUGUGUUCCUGGCCAUUCUCGCGCACUGUCCAUCGGACUUGGUGCGAAGCCCUCUGGUGAUAAUGAAAUGUUCGGUGGAUUCAGCUUCGUUGCUUCAAAGAGUCUACUGGAUCAUGGAUUAGGCAUCGAGGGAUGCUAG